AUGGACCAACAACUAAACACCCUCCGCCACCUGGUGCAAACCCAUCCGCUGAUCGAUAACCAUGCGCACAAUCUACUGAGUCGCGACGUGGCUGAUGAUUACGAGAGUUACCCGCUAGAGUCCAUCACCUCCGAGGCCCACGGUCGGGCCUUGGAAAACGCCCGCACCACGCUGCCCUUGCUGCGCGCUGUCAACCAGCUAUCUGACCUCUAUGGUGUAUCCUGCACCAAUUGGAAUGACGUGGUGAACCUGCACCGUCAGUGGGUGAAGCGCGACUAUGAGGGCCUGAUUCGCCGGAGUCUGGAGGGCACUCAUACCCUUCUACUGGACGAUUUACUCUCCGAUGACGAUGUCGAGUCGUACGCUUGGCAUGACCAAUUCUCCGUGUCAGCCACAAAACGCAUUGUCCGUAUUGAGGCGGUAGCAGCUUCGCUCCUCGGUGAGAUCAUGAAUGCGGACCGCAAGGCGGGCGAGUCGGUGUGGAACCUGUUCCGCCAGCGGUUUCUGGAUGCUCUCGCGCGUGCCAUGGACGACCCGGCCGUCGUCGGCUUCAAGUCCGUGAUUUGUUAUCGUACCGGGCUCGACGUCGACCCCAAUUCGCCGGACAAGGAUCUAUUGACAGCCUCGCUGCACCGCACCUUAGACUCCGGCACUAGGAGGUCAGGCUACCGUGUCGAAGACAAACCGCUCAAUGACUGGCUUGUCCAGCAGACGCUGAAACUAAUUACAUUGCGGAAGAAAGCGGGGGUCGUCAAGCCCCUGCAGCUCCAUACGGGUCUGGGUGACAAUGAUAUCAAUCUCAUCAGGGCAAACCCCGCUUACUUGCAACCUCUCGUCAUUCAGUAUCCCGAUGCGCCCAUCGUCCUGCUUCACUCUGCUUAUCCCUAUACCAAGGAAGCGGGGUAUUUGGCUUGUGUUUAUCCCAAUGUUUAUCUAGACCUGGGCGAGGUCUUUCCCAUGGUGAGCCGAGAGGCUCAGGAGACGAUCAUCCGCGAAAGCCUGGAGAUCACGCCAACGAAUCGUCUUUUGUGGAGCACAGAUGGUCACUUCCACCCAGAGACGUUUUGGCUGGCAAACAAGCAAUUUCGACAGGCUCUUGAAAAAGUUCUUGUCGAUUAUGUUCAGAAUGGCGACUAUACUAUAACUCAAGCGAAGACAGCUGCCGCCAAUAUUCUCUUCCAUAACUCUAAUAUCCUGUAUGGACUGAAGCAGACGCCCCAAUACACACCUGGCUCCGUCGUCACAGUGCCAGUUACCAGCCUAACUCGACCAGUUUCCUCCGAUCCGUUGGAUGAAUUCUUAUACAAGCAUUCCAACAUUGAGUACGUCUGGAUUCAAUGGGUCGACUAUACCGCUUCUGUCCGUGUCCGGAUACUCCCCAUUCAAGAGUUUGUACGUAUCGCAAGAAAGCAGCGGAGAAUUGGAGUCUCUCUUGCCGUAUUAUGGAUGCUCCAGGAUGAUUCGGUCACUCCAGAGGGAUCUACGACCGGUCAAAUAUACUUGGAACCAGAUCUGUCCAGCAUUUACCUUAAUCGGAGCGUAUCGACACCAGCUGCUGCAAGUGCAACAAUCAUGACCUUUUGGCGAUCAGAGGAGGGUGAACUGCUCAUUGGUUGCCCAAGGACCGCGCUGCAAAGCGUCGUCACUCAGCUGAAAUCGCAACACCAGAUCGACAUCCUUUGCGGGUUUGAAAUCGAGAUUAUUUUCCUCAAGCCCAUAACCAACACAGAAACUGGUGAGGUCACAGGCUAUGUUCCAGCAACUAAAAACCACUCCUGGUCCCAGAUGACAGCCGAGACGCGCAAGAUCGUCCCUCUGCUCGAGGAAGUCGACCGGACUCUGGCGUCCAUAGGCAUUAAUCUUCAACAAUUCCACGCUGAGUCGGCGCCAGGCCAAUUUGAAUUCGUACUUCCUCCUGCAGAGCCCCUCGCUGCAGUCGAUACCCUUAUUACCGCCCGGCAAGUUAUCACGGCUGUCGCAGAACGGCACGGGUUUCGAGCAACACUACAUCCACGCCCUCUUUCUGCUGGAGCCGGCAGCGCUGCACAUUCUCAUAUUUCUAUCAAUCCGCCUACUCGCGAGGAUCAAUUUCUCUCCGGGGUUCUCAACCACCUUACUUCGAUCACGGCAUUCACGCUGUCUCAAAACGCGAGCUAUGAUCGCAUCCGAUCCGGAAUUUGGUCUGGUUCGGAAUGGGUCGCCUGGGGGUUCCAGAACCGCGAAGCGCCCGUUCGAAAAAUUGGACCUGGCCAUUGGGAGAUAAAGUCGGUCGACGGCGUGGCUAACCCCUACCUUGCUAUGGCUGCUCUCUUGGCAGCUGGAUUGGUCGGAUUGAAUUGUCAAUUGCCGCUCACAAUGCAGGAAUGUAAAGUGGAUGCGUCAAGCCUCACACCAGCUGAAAGAUCUGAUCUGGGUAUCACGACGCCACUCCCGAAGUCCCUAGCUGAAAGUUUGGGUGCCCUGGAUAAAGACAAACCAUUGAGAUCGGUACUGGGAGAUGCUCUUGUCGAUAAUUAUCUGAGUGUCAAGCGUUUGGAGUCUGUGCGCCUACAAGCAAUGCCGGCAGAAGAGCGGAGAUUGUGGUUGAUAGAGCGUUACUAA